AUCAAAACAAAGGAGAUCGUAGGAAAACAUUGCGCAGUGGCGGCGUCGCGCAGAAUGCGCAUUUCGAUUCAGAAGGGAACUGGCUCCCAUAGAGUAGGGAUGGGUUCUUAACUGAUACUGCCAGUUUUGUAACAUUGAAGAUUCCAUCAAGAAGAGUCUGAAGUAAAUUGCAGAUAUUGGGACUGAGCAGUAUCACGCUUGAACCGUGGAGGUGUGGGGCUCAAUCGUUCGCACGUGCAACCCGUGUGAAUGGGUGGUCGGAGCGUGCGGCCGACCGACGUCGUGCGCACUUGACCGCAGCGAGCCGGCCGCGCGCCGGACCAUGGUCAGAAUGAAGACGUUCCAGGCGUACCUGCCCAGCUGCCAUCGCACCUACUCGUGCAUCCACUGCCGCGCGCACCUGGCCAACCACGACGAGCUCAUAUCCAAGUCGUUCCAGGGAAGCCAGGGCCGCGCCUACCUGUUCAACUCUGUGGUGAACGUGAGCUGCGGCCAGGCCGAGCGGCGCGUGCUGCUCACCGGUCUGCACGCCGUGGCCGACAUCUUCUGCGAGUGCUGCAAGACAAACCUCGGCUGGAAAUACGAGCAAGCGUUCGAGACCAGCCAAAAGUACAAGGAGGGCAAGUUUAUCAUCGAGCUGGCGCACAUGAUCAAGGACAACGGCUGGGAAUGACGGCCGCCGGGUCCGCCGGGCCCCUGAUCUCUGCGCCGCCGCCGCCGCCGCCGGCCCGCCGGGUCCGGCCGGCCCGGGCCACCCGCCGGCCGCGCCCCCCGAGCGCCACUCCGCGCCGAUCUCUCGAAGCUUCACUCCUUGUACUUAUGGACAGGUGGCAAUGCCGGCCGGCCGGGCUCGCUCUCCGCGCCGGCCGCCCGUGGUGUGAUUGUUGGUGAUUUGUGUUCGCUUUAGGCGUAGAAUCAGGCUGUUUUGCCGCGCAGGUGCGACCGUUCGUGUAGACAGUUCAGUUUUCUGUUGUCCGCGAUUUGUCGGCUUUCAACCAAUUUGCGCGCGUCAUUCUUUCACUUUAAGUGCAUACCAAAGACAAUCCGCGACCGUGGCGUACUGAGACAGGCAAUAAGUGUUUCGUUUAAUCCGGGAUCUGUUAUGUUUGUGCAUGAUCUAGUCUUUCAUCCGGCUUAACCAGGGGCCCGCACUGAGCGGGCCGGCGCGGCGCCGCCUCCAGCUAGCUGUGAGUCGAGCCCCACCUGUCGCUACUAGGCCGCCGCGUCAGGGACGCGCGCGCCGCCCGGACGCAGCAGCUCGCACGGCCCGGCGCCAGCUUGCCACCGCGCUAACAGAUCGUAGAGCGGGCGCGGCUAUUUUUGUAGGUUGGAGCGUGUCACAUUCCGCAGUGUAUAAGUACGUGCCCCGCUGUCUGUCCCCGGGUGCCGCUGGCGGCCGGUGGUGGUUCUCCCCGUGUCUGGCCGUCGGUUCCCCGUCUCCCCUCUCCGCGUGCCCUGACCGUCCCUGCCUCCUGUCCCGCUGGUCGCGCCGCGAGCCGCAGUCCACUGACCGUCCGAACCCAGCGGUCGGCUCGUCCAGCGCCCCCGCGGGCCGACCCCCGUCGACUGACGCGUGCCCGUAUCAGUGUCAACGAAAAUGUACCAUGCAACUGGCCUUGAUCCUUCUAGCAGCGCGGUUUCUCCGAUGGAUUAGAGGACUUACCUAAAUAGGUCUUUGAGCGUUUAAAAAUUGUGCUGUUCGCUGUUUGUAUAGGCCCGCGCAUUAUUGGGGAUAGUAUGCACCGUGAUAACAUAUUGUAAACCAGUUCUCGGCAUUCAUUCAGUCUCGUUAAUGCGGUCUGAAAAAGUCGCAACCUGUUACGUUUGGGACGUCAUGUCAUGGCUGUUCAAACGGGGAUCGGAUUUGCUACUGUUGACGGGAUGACUCGAAGUAGUUUUAACCACUGGCGAUUGAUGUGGACGUUUUUGAGACGUCUUCCUCGCUGCUGCGUGUACCGGCGGACAUCCGGAUGUGACUUGGGACGUUCUGCAAUAUCUGACGGCGUGACCCUCAGAGGUAACAGAGCGUCCUGAGCGGGACGCGAGUUUCCGCCGGUCUAGGGCGGAUCGGAAUAGCGCUCUCGACCCCUGACGCCGCUUCUUUGGUCCUGUCGGCGUCGGAUGUUACUUUGAUGGAGAUGCGAGGUUGGAACGUGAAUACCUGUUACUGUGAGGUGCAGGGCACCCAUAGUUUGUACCUGACAUACAGAUCUACGUAGCGUCAGGCUACGAAGCACUGCAUGUCAGACGUACUAAGUGUGAGGUGCCCUGGAUUUCGCACUUGCACUGUUUGGUGUCGAGCUCGCAUCUCCGCUGAAGUAAGGACGUUCGAAGGGCCAGAGUGGCGGCGUCCGGCGCCGAAACCACCACUGGAUCCCGGGGUGCUAACUCGGUCCAACCGGGUGGCAGUCUCUCCGGGGGUCGCGCACUGGCGCAUGGAAGAUACCAUCAAUGGUCACAAUGAUACUACCAUCUCAGCGUGGUUUCCCUUCGCGUUUGUUGGUCAACAGUGGUAACAGUCUUCUCAUUUUGAACAGCCAUUGAAUUACCCCAGCUUUGCAUCAGUACCAGCCCGUGCAAGGAACAACUGCCAGGCAACACUUGUAUCUGAAUUAGUGUUUCUACUAAAGUGACUAACCAGCAAUCUCGUCGGCGCCCCUGGCUCCUAUCUCCUUGCGUUGUCCUGUCCUAUUCCGGGUCCUGACCGCGCAAUCCCUAUACGCGCCUCAUAUUCAUCUGUACAUAGUCGUUUUAUACGUGAUCUGCGCGGAACAACCGGACGCGUACCGCCGCCGCCGCCGUCAGAGACUGAAGUACCGACCCAGCAGCCGCGCGCCCGGCCGCUCCGCGGGCGGCCGUGUGCCGCCGCGCAUUGUGUGUGUAUAUGGUGUACGUAUAUGUAUGUAUAUGUGUGUUUUCACCGGGCACCCAGAAAUACACGGAGGAACACAGUAAA